AUGAGUGAAGGUUCACAUUUUCGAAAAACAAAAUCGGUGGAUGACCGAGAACUUGAGGAAGAGGUGAAAAAACUCUCGAAUGUGGAUGUCAUUCUCGAAGAGAACCAGUUUACAGGGAGAUAUGUGAAUGCCGAUACAGCCUUUGCAAUCCUUAUAGACGAGAAUGGUGGGAAAGGGGCAGUUCACACUCAAGUUGGUACUGGCAAGGUGGACAUUCUUCCUACAGGACCGAAUUCAGACAAAGGGUUUAGAAUUUUGCUUUUGGAUGAGGGCAGGAACUGCUUGAUUUUGGGCCAGCCAUCAAUUCGAUGCUUCCAAGUUCGCCGUGCUUGA